AUGGCUACAGAGAAACCGAUCAGCGAUGAAGACCAACUUGUGGCGCUUGGCCAUGUCCAAGAACUCCGUCGCGACUUCUCCCUCUGGUCAAUCGUCUGUCUCCAGAUCUCUUUGAUGGCUACCUGGGAAGCUUUAUCCACAGUUGUCGCCACAGCUCUUACCAAUGGUGGCGCGCCAUGCUUGUUUUAUAACUAUAUUAUCACCUUGAUUGGUACAAUGUUCAUUGUCCUUUCGUUAAGCGAAAUUGCCUCUAUAUACCCUACUGCUGGCGGACAAUACCACUGGGUCCACUGUCUCACACCGGCAUCGUACCAGGCCACUGCAUCCUGGUUUACCGGUUGGAUUUCCAUUGGUGGACAGUUGGUGUUUUCCGCUUCCGCGGCGUUCGCGGCGGGUUUGCAGCUGCAGGCCCUCAUCACCUUGAACAAUCUCAACUCAUAUACCCCAACUAGAUGGCGAGGGAUGCUUUUCUAUUGGUUAAUUUUAGCCUACUCAACUGCCAUCAAUAUCUGGGGUUCCAAGGUGUUGCCUCAUACCAAUACAACAGCUGGUGUAUUGCACGUCGUUGGCUUCGUUGUGAUAGUCACCGUUUUGGGAGCAAUGUCCGAGAAGCACCCCGCAAGUUACGUCUUCACCGAAUUCUCCAACACCAGUGGAUGGGACAACGAUGGGGUUUCCUGGUUAGUAGGACUGCUGAGCACAAUAUAUCCUUUCCUCGGAUAUGAUGCAGCGUGCCAUCUAAGCGAAGAAAUGCCAAAGCCGUCCCGUAAUGUACCAUUGGCCAUGAUAGGCAGCGUCAUGAUCAACGGAGUGAUUGGCCUGGUAUAUGCGAUUGUUCUACUGUUCUCUUUGGGAGACCUAAAAUCCCUGCUUCAGUCCAAGACGGGGUUUCCCUCCAUUCAGUUAUUUUUAAACAUCACUGGCUCCCCAGCGGGUGCUACCGUAUUAGCCCUAUGCAUCACCUUGACCGCGACGGCCGCCAAUGCUGCAUGUGUGACAUCUACUAGCCGUACAGCCUGGGCAUUCGCACGUGACAAUGGUUUACCAGCGUCGGAAUUCUUUGCAGAAGUGAGUCCCACAUUGAAAGUUCCGGUGCAUAUGGUCCUUGCGGUUGGCCUUCUCCAAAUGUUGCUUGGAUUUAUCUACCUUGGCAGCUCAACGGCCUUUAACGCAGUUUUAUCAAUGGCAAUUUUGGGAAUGUAUGCCUCGUAUAUUUCCCCGAUUGUGUUCAUGUUGAUAUAUGGUCGACGGAAAUCAGCACCGAUUUUCCAUGGACUUGGCUCGGGAUCAUUCAACCUAGGCCCACGAUGGGGACCUGUCGUGAAUAUCGCUGCCAUCCUUUGGCUCCUCAUGGGCAUGGUUUUUAGCACUUUCCCGACCGUCGAGCCGGUGACACCAGAAAAUAUGAAUUAUUGUAUCGUGGUGACAAUGGGAUGGAUGAUAAUCGGAGGGGUUUAUUAUUAUCUCCUGGGAGGAAAGAAGCAAUUUACGGGUCCAGUGGUAGAGCUGGCAGAGGGCCUGUGA